UCUGGUGGGUAUCAAGUUCCAUCAAUCAGCCAAAUUUUUGAAUGUCUAAACUAGAUGGAUUAUAUAUUCUGAAAGUAACAAGGGAAUCAAGAGCCUUUUGGGAGGAGUGGUGCUUGGAGCCCACAACAAUGGCAGCUGUCUCCAGCCAAUUUCCCUCCUUAAACCCAAACCCCAUAAAAUCCCUCUUUAUAUAAUCUGCCCCCACCCCUUCUUCUUCCUCACCCAUUUACCCUCAACGCUCCCACUCUUCUUAUUCUUCCAUUUAUGUCUUCUUUCGUAAUGUAUGGAACUUUACUGAAUCUGUUUCUUUUGUUUAUCGUCCUUCAGUUUGGAUCUAACAAUGGAUCCCCUACUGAACAAACUCUUGAUCUCCAAAACCCAAAUUUCUUCAACCCAAAACUCCCUCCGAGGACACUAUCUUCGAACAAGAAAUUUGAAGGUUCUUCAGACCUUGUAAACCUUCGUUACCAUAUGGGUCCAGUUCUUUCUUCUCCGAUCAACAUUUACCUCAUUUGGUACGGGAAAUGGGCACCGUCGCAGCAACUCCUCAUUAAGGACUUCCUUCUUUCCGUUUCCACUUUCAAUCAUCGCGCUGCGCCUUCACCUUCAGUUGCUGAGUGGUGGAGCACCGUUUCCUUAUACACCGAUCAAACCGGAGCUAACAUUUCUCGAUCUGUACUCAUCGCCGGAGAAUACUCCGAUCGUAAAUACUCCCAAGGUACCCACCUCAACCGUCUCUCAAUUCAAGACGUCAUUGCCGAAGCUGUUAAAUCAAAACCCUUUACAGUCGACCACAAGAAAGGAAUCUACCUCGUCUUAACUUCCGUUGACGUAACGAUGCAGGAUUUCUGCCGCGCUGUCUGUGGGUUUCACUACUUCACCUUCGCAUCAAAAGUCGGUUACACGCUUCCCUACGCUUGGGUUGGGAAUUCCGGUAAGCAAUGCCCUGAAGUCUGUGCAUAUCCAUUUGCUGUUCCGGGAUAUAUGGGAGGAAAUGGACCUGCUGCAUUGAAAUCCCCAAACGGUGACGUUGGAGUUGACGGGAUGAUAAGCGUUAUAGGUCACGAACUAGCUGAGCUAUCGUCAAAUCCAUUAGUAAACGCUUGGUAUGCAGGGGAGGACCCAGUUGCUCCGACGGAAAUCGGUGAUUUGUGUGAGGGGCUGUACGGUACAGGGGGCGGUGGAGGGUAUAUGGGGCAGGUAAUGAAGGACAGAGAUGGCCGGACUUACAACUUGAAUGGAAGAAGAGGAAGAAAGUUUUUGGUGCAGUGGAUCUGGAGCCCAAUUCUCAAAGCUUGUGCUGGUCCCAAUGCGAUGGACUAAUGAAUAAUGGAGACUCAUAUCUGUAGAUUAUUAGCUUAAAAAACUCCAAAUAAAGCGAAAAUGGAGAUUGCACAGCACAGAAACAGAGUAAAAUCUCAUUAUACAAUUUUUCUGUCUGUGCGCGGUGCAAGAAAUGGAGAAGAUGGUUCAGAGACUGGUUUUUGGCCUUUUGGGAGUUGCUAUUACUUUAUUUUUAUUUUUAUUUUAGUCUUUUUUUUUUGUGGAUUUAUUUUCCAUUAAAUCGUAAUACCAAUGUAAAAAGAGGAUAUUUAUUAAAUUUCUUGGUGAUUCCUAAUACACAUUUAAGUUAAUUUUAUUAGAAAC